AUGCCCGAAGACCGAACGACAAGCAGCUGCCCCUUGGCUUCUACUAUCGAACCCCAACAGCAACUUGAACAUACCCCUCCCACCACACCUACCUCAACAAAAGCCAAGCGCCAAAGGAGACAAUCAACGUCAACGAAUGGUACCAUUACAGAUACCAAACCAACGUCCUCUCGACGCCGCUCUGCAACAACCACCAAGGCAACUACUGCCGGGUCCAACGUCGGCUCCUCCCGCGCUACGCAGCGGUCAACCGCAAGCCCAAGCGACAUGUCCUCGAUCAGCUUAACUAAGACGGGGCGGGUCAGCAAGGCGAAGAAGGGUCUCAAAGUACAUGACUGUGAAUGUGGACGUUCGUACACCCGUGCAGAGCAUCUGAGGCGUCACCAACGGAAUCACGCCCAGGAGCGUGCAUUGGUCUGCAAGUACGCCAAUUGUGGCAAGGCCUUCUUUCGGUCUGACCUGCUUCAACGUCACGAGGAACGACACAACGAACUUGGCAAUGCUUCUCGCCAAUCAUCCGUUUCUAGUACAGAGCAAUCUGUGUACGCCUCCCCCACGACUGCACCCGCACCGUUACCUGUGGUCACUGCCAGUAUAAUCUCACCUACUGUGGCAUACUCGCAACCUCAUGCCCUAGUGUCCUCGCAGCCAGAAGUGACACCGUUUCCAAGGUACAACCCAAAUCUAUUUCGUGCUCCUCAACUCCCUCGCACCCCGAAGAUUGGUCCCUUCAAUCUCAGCAAUCCUGUCUUUCAUUCCAGUCACGAUUUAAAGCGUCAUACGAAUGAUAUGAAACACAAUACGGGCUACCCAACUCGACAUUCCAUAUCCGGCCCCGUACCGGUUGAAGGAAUGACUACAGGCGGACUAUGGCACGACUCCUACGCACCGUCGCCAUAUUCUUGCUCGAGUGGUUAUGCAUCGCCAGCCCCUGGUCCUGAGUACAACCACAUGUACGCAACACCGCCCUACAGUUCUGGUCUGGUCCGAACUCGUGCAUCCUCAAAUGCCUCCGUCAUUGAGCAAACAUGGGUACAUGCAUCGCAGUCGCCUACGUCGUCCAUUUCGAUGCCUUACUCUUGGCCCUCGGGCGAAAAGAACAUCAUGGCAUCGAGCUUUCCUUUCAUGCCUGUGUCAUAUGCGACUUCCAACAUGCCAAUGCAUGCAAGUUUUGACACGAUGGCUCAGUACCCACAGUACGAUCCACACAACGUGGUGCAGAUGGACAAUGAAGAGGGACUACAACUCUUUCCAGAAAAUCAUUACGGUAUGAGCCAAAUUAUGCGCGCUUAUCCGAUUGAGCAAUGGCUGAACAAUUAUUGGAGGCUCUUUCAUCCCGCUUUCCCCAUCGUCCAUCGGUUCACCUUCGCCAGCCGGGACCUCUCGCCGAUGCUCUAUGCUGCAAUGAUCGCGAUCGAUCUGCAGUAUAGCAACGACGCCGGUCAGAGGCAAAGGGCCUGGGAACUUCAUAAAUGCUGUACCCGACUACUCUUGCAGAGAGAGCAAUUAAACCGCACUGGCUGUGACAGACUGUGCGACAGUCAAGCCAUUUUCCUAGUAGAGGUGUUUGCGCAGUAUUGUGCGCAACGCUGCCCGAAAACAUUGACCUCGCGAUUCGAGCUCAUGUACGAGAAGGUACUACAACAUGGCCCAAUUUCUUGUGACUCGUCGCUUACAUCCCUCAAGCUGGCCGGCAUACGCACCAUCUCUCCAUCAACCAUCUUCGGUCUUCAACUUCUCGCUCCUGAGGACAACGUCAAUGACCGUUGGAUACAAUGGGCAAAACUCUCUGCUAGGCAGCACUUGCUUCUGUCGUGCUUCGUGCUCGAAUCGCAACAAUCCACGCUGAUUGCAAGAGAUCGCGAGCUAUCAUUGCACACAAUGAGCGACGUCCUUCCAUUUCCGGUGUGCGACUCGCUGUGGGGCGCAACGACAGCCUCUGAGUGGAUCUCCGUCGCUCGAGAGCAGUCGAACAUGCCUCUCACUGUCCACGAAGCCGUCCAACUACCGACAGGAGAGCACUACAAUGUAUUCCAGUCUGCAGUUCUCAUUGCAGCAUACAAAGAGUAUGCCGAUGGAUCUGCGGCUAGUCUGAGUACAAUUUCAAAGCAUCUCAGCCAGUCGUCGACAACCCAGCUGCAGCUUUUGACCACGAAACUGACACAAAUCCUGCCAAUGCGCACCCUUCUGGCCGUCUCAGGCGAGUCGUAUGUUCUCGGCACCAAGGCGACAUCAACCGCGGAGGAGUUUUCCGUCCUGAGAUCCACCCUCUCAGUGUGGAUAGGCCAAGUCUGGUCGUCCACUGUCAGCGACGAGCUCAACCCAGCUACAGAAGCUUUGUCCCUUUCUGUUGCCAUCCUGAAGCUUUCACUGGAGACAAAUAAGCCACUUGCACUCGGCUUGGGCCAUGAACUGGGCCUCUUCUUUGCCGCUUUGGUGUUGUGGGCUGCCACUGCCGCGGCAACGAGUAGGGUAGUGCUGUCGAGACUCUCAACGCAGCACUCACACAUCGCUACCACAUCGCACUCCGGUAUUCACUUCGACACAGACGCGUGCCAUCCGACCGACAUCCAACCACUCAUCUCUUCAGACCGGAGAGCCUCGUUCCCGUGCACAGAAAUCUUCUCUAACGCGUCGCACUUCCUUUCAACUGCAAUCGACGACAUCUUCUCAUUCGAAAUCGCAGCCUGCCAGAUUGGCUGCAAGAGUCUUCUCCUCUGGGUGAAGAUGCACCUGCGAGGCGCUUUCUCGAACGACGCAGAGCCAGAAGAAGUCGGUAUCAACUCCAUUGGAGAUCGCCGCGGAGAGCUGGUCACCCAUGCCAUUGGCCAGAUCGAGCGCAUGCUCGACCACAGGUGGGAGACCUGGGGAAUAUGAGGCCCAUCAUCACCCACAUCGUUGCUUUACUUUGGUUAUUUGCGCACAUUUGAUUUCUGCACAGCGUUCACGUCAUACUAGCGAGCAUGCAUAGCGUAUCUUGCUUUGGUUUCUUCUUUCUCGAUACCCACUUUUACUUUCGCUCUCAGCAAUAUACCCAUGUUUUCUGCUACGUUCGUCAAUUUCAACGACACUGUAUUUUUAUGAAAGUGUAGGCUACUGUAUGACCAGGGCUUAUUCUGACGUAUCACUGGCGCUUGCCCUCUUUAGCGUGUUUCCAUGUAUACUACACUGUAUCCGAUGAAUGUCCAC